GUGCAUAGGUGGUGUAACUGAAAAGAAAGUGUCUGCGAUUAGUUUGAUUGCAAGUUUUUAUUUUUUCAAUUUGACUUUGAUAUCCAUCUGGAUUGAACCAAACAGAAAUGAUGUUUCUGUACAAGGUCACCGCUCCACACAAUUCCUGUUGACAUCCGAUUUAGGGUAGAUGUCCGUAUAAACUGUCGCCCAAAUGGAAAUGGUGCCCAGCGAAGAAAACCAGCUCGUAGCCAAAGAGGGGCUGUUUUGGAGUUGCAGACAAAGCAUUUUUCAGGAAAUGAAGCAGAGGUACUCCAAGCAGAUCGAAUGUGCCGCUGAGGAGCCCCGCGUGCUGUGUAUCGUCCAGGAUACGACCAAUGCCAAGACGGUGACGGAGCGGCUGACCCUCAACCUGCCGGCCUCCACAGCCCUCUCCAAGCUCUUCGAGGAUGUGGCCCACAAGGCCGGCUACGUGAACGGCACCUUCGACCUGGCCUGGGGCAGCACUGGGGCGGACAUGGCGCCUCUGGACCAGAGCAGUGAGGUGAGCUUGGUGGACUCGGGCUUCCAGGCGGGCAAGAAGAACUUCCUCCAGCUCGUCGACAAAGACGGGGAGCAGCCUCAGGUCGCCUCAGAUGAGUCGGGCGCGGCGGACAGCAGCGGACUGGACGACAGCUCUCAGGACCGCUUCAUCGGGCCACUGCCCCGAGACGGCACUGUGGGCUGCAGCAGCGACUACAGCAGCCCCAGCUACUCCUACUCCUCCAUACUCAACAAGUCAGAGACCGGGUACGUGGGUUUGGUCAACCAGGCCAUGACUUGCUACCUGAACAGCCUUCUGCAGACGCUUUUCAUGACCCCAGAGUUCCGAAAUGCACUGUACAAUUGGGAGUUUGAAUCAUCUGAGUCUGAAGAGGACCCGGUCACCAGCAUCCCCUACCAGCUGCAGAGGCUCUUUGUGCUGCUGCAGACCAGCAAGAAGCGCGCCAUCGAGACCACGGACGUCACGCGGAGCUUCGGCUGGGACAGCAGCGAGGCCUGGCAGCAGCAUGACGUGCAGGAGCUGUGUCGGGUCAUGUUCGACGCCCUGGAGCAAAAGUGGAAGCAGACAGAGCAGGCGGACCUGAUCAACCAGCUGUACCAGGGCAAGCUGAAGGACUAUGUGCGCUGUCUGGAGUGUGGCUACGAGAGCUGGAGGAUCGACACCUACCUGGACAUCCCUCUGGUCAUCAGGCCCUUCGGCUCCAGCCAAACCUUCGGCAGCGUGGAGGAGGCUCUGCAGGCCUUCAUCCAGCCAGAGACUCUGGACGGGCCCAACCAAUACUUCUGUGAACGCUGCAAGAAGAAAUGCGACGCCCGCAAGGGCCUGAGGUUCCUGCACUUUCCUUACCUGCUGACCCUGCAGCUGAAGCGCUUUGACUUCGACUACACCACUAUGCACCGCAUCAAGCUCAACGACCGCAUGACCUUCCCCGAGGAGCUGGACAUGAGCCCCUUCAUCGACGUAGAGGAUGAGAAGUCUCCUCAGACGGAGAGCUGUACGGACAGCGGGGCGGAGAACGAGGGCAGUUGCCACAGCGACCAGAUGAGCAACGACUUCUCCACGGACGACGGCGUGGACGAGGGCAUCUGCCUGGACAACGCCGGCAGCGCCGAGAGGGUACUGAAGCCAAAGAGCUCGCUGACCUUUGAGCUGUUCUCCGUCAUGGUGCACUCUGGCAGUGCGGCAGGAGGCCACUACUACGCCUGCAUCAAGUCCUUCAGUGACGGCCAGUGGUACAGCUUCAACGACCAGCACGUCAGCAAGAUCACCCAGGACGACAUUAGGAAGACAUAUGGCGGGUCCUCAGGGAGCAGAGGCUAUUAUUCCAGUGCCUUUGCCAGCUCUACGAAUGCAUAUAUGCUCAUAUACAGAUUAAAGGAUCCCACGAGGAAUGCAAAGUACCUUGAUGUGGAAGACUUCCCCGAGCACAUAAAGCGCCUGGUGCAGAAAGAGAAGGAGUCAGAGGAGCAAGAGAAGAGGCAGAGGGAGAUCGAACGCAACACCUGCAAGAUCAAGCUGUUUUGCAUGCAUCCCGUCAAGAACAUGAUGAUGAUGGAGAACAAGCUUGAAGUUCACAAAGACAAAACGCUUCGAGAAGCCACAGAGAUUGCAUAUAAGCUGAUGGAGCUAGAGGGCGUGGUGCCUCUGGAGUGCUGUCGGCUAGUGAAGUAUGACGAGUUCCACGAGUACCUGGAGCGCUCGUACGAGGGCGAGGAGGACAUGCCCAUGGGGCUGCUGCUCGGCGGCGUCAAGUCCUCAUACAUGUUCGACCUGCUGCUGGAGACGCGCCGGCCAGACCAGGUCUUCCAGCCCUACAAACCCGGAGAGGUCAUGGUGAAAGUCCACGUGGUGGAUCUGAAGAGUGAGACCAUCGCCCCUCCCGUGAGCGUCAGGGCCUACCUGAACCAGACGGUCACAGAGUUCAAGCAACUCAUUGCACAGGCCACGGGGCUUUCUGCAGAGACCAUGCGUGUGGUCCUGGAGCGCUGCUAUAACGACCUUCGGCUUCUCUACGUGCCCAACAAGACACUGAAAGCAGAAGGUUUUUUCAGGAGCAACAAGGUGUUUGUGGAAAGCUCGGACUCUGCGGACCACCAGGCGACGUUCACCGACUCCAGCCUGUGGAAGCUGCUGGACCGCCACGGGAACACAAUCAGACUGUUUGUCUCGCUGCCCGAGCAGUCACCAGGCUCCCUGGCCAAUAGAACUAGUUGCCCCAAGGGCACCUCUGCCACCACCAGCGGUAACGGUAACGGUGGAGGAGACUCUGAGGACUCUCUGGAAGGGGGAGCCAAGGGCAACAGGAAGUCAGUGGAGGCUAUCCUGGAGGAGAGCACGGAGAAGCUGAAGAACCUGUCCUUACAGCAGCAGCAGCAGCAGCAGCAGCAGCAGGCCUCCAGCAGCGCAAGCACCAGCGGCAGCCAGAAGAGCUCCGAUCACAGUGACUUUGAGCACAUUGACUCCCCAGCCCUGGAGCUGGACUCGGCAGUAGCGUCCACCUCCUCACAACCUCCUCCUCCUGCUGCUCCUACUACUGCUGCAGCUGUUGCUCCUGCUGCUUCUACCAGCACCAGCCCCCCUCCGUCCACCCAGCAGCAGCAGCAGCCGUCGGAGGCCAGCAGCAGCAGGCCGCGCGUCAGCAGCUCGGGGACCACCACCGCCAGCACGGCCACGGCCGGCUCCUCCUCAGAGCCCGACAACCCCUUCCCCUUGGAGGAGCGCUCGGAUUCGGACAUGAACAACGACCGCAGCACCAGCUCGGUGGACAGCGACAUCCUGAGCUCCAGCCACAGCAGCGACACGCUCUGCAACGCCGACAGCGGUGGAGGGGGCGGUGGCGGCGCCGGGCCCCUACCGCUGGCCAACGGCCUGGACUCGCACAGCAUCACCAGCAGCCGGCGCUCCAAGGCCCACGAGGGCAAGAAGGAGACCUGGGACACGGCCGAGGAGGACUCGGGCACCGACAGCGAGUACGACGAGAACGGCAAGAGCAAGACAGACGGCCAGGCGCAGUACCUCUACUUCAGGGCCGAGCCCUACACGCAGGACGAGGGCACAGGAGACGCACAGAAAUGUCUCCUGGUCCACGUGGACAAGAGGAUCUCGCUGGCGGCGUUCAAGCAGAACCUGGAGCCCUUUGUGGGCGUCACGUCCACGCAGUUCAAGGUGUUCCGCGUCUAUGCCAACAAUCAGGAGUUUGAGAGCGUCCGCCUCAACGAGACCCUCUCCUCUUUCUCGGACGACAACAAGAUCACCAUCCGGCUAGGACGAGCCUUGAAGAAAGGAGAGUACCGGGUGAAGGUCUAUCAGCUGCUCGUCAACGAGCCCGAGCCCUGUAAGUUCCUGGUGGACACGGUGUUUGCCAAGGGCAUGACGGUCAGACAAUCCAAAGAGGAGCUGCAGCCCCUGCUGAAGGACCAGUGCAAGCUGGACCUCAGCAUUGACCGGUUUCGGCUCAGGAAGAAGACCUGGAAGAACCCUGGGACGGUGUUCCUGGACUACCACGUCUACGAGGAAGACAUCAACAUCUCCAGUAACUGGGAGGUGUUCCUGGAAGUUCUGGCGGAGCCGGAGCGGAUGAAGUCCAUGUCUCAACUGGCGGUGCUGACGCGGCGCUGGAGGCCGGCCCAGAUGAAGCUGGAGGCCUUCCAGGAGGUGGUGCUGGAGAGCAGCAGCGUCGACGAGCUCAAGGAGAAGCUCAGUGAGUUGAGUGGUAUUUCCCUUGAAAACCUGGAGUUUGCCAAGGGCCGAGGAACGUUUCCUUGUGACAUCUCGGUGUUGGAGAUACAUCAAGACUUAGAUUGGAACCCCAAAGUGUCCACCCUUAAUGUCUGGCCUCUCUACAUCUGUGACGAUGGAGCUGUGGUCUUCUACAGGGACAGUAGCGAGGAGCUGCAGGAGCUGUCUGAGGAGGAGCGCAGCGAGCUGAUGAAAAAGGAGAGCAGCCGGCUGCUGAAGACGGGCCACCGCGUUAGCUACUCGCCCCGCAAGGAGAAGGCCCUCAAGAUAUACCUGGACGGCGGGCCCGCCAAGGACCCAGGACAGGACUAGCACCGAGACCGGAGCUGGAGCCAGCAGCAGGAGAAAGAGAAGAAGGACGGGCUGAGGAGAAACCAGCCUUCCUGUCUCCUUCUAAAAAAAAACCCAGCUGUUGUCCCUCUGUCGAUCUCUCACACCUGUCUCCAUUUUUUAAAACAUAAAACGAAAAAGAAAAAAAAACCCAGACAAAAAAAAUAUGAACAUUUUAUUUUUUGUUCCUUUCCCCCCCGCUGGCCUGCCUGCCGCUGUUUAGCGUUGCCCAGCCGCCUGCGUCCCGGAGGAGGGACCCACGUUGAAUCAACGUAACCAGUGCUGUCUGGCUGAGCUGACGGCCCUCCAAAAACCCUGAACUGCAAAAAAAGAAAAAAAACUCACAGGAGGGGGGUGAGAGGGGCGGGCUGGGGUAUAGAGUGGCUCUGAUAAUAACUAUUGUGCACUAUAGUUUAUUGUACUGUAAAGUUGAAAGGGAUGUGCAAAAGCUAUUCACUUGUAAAUCAAAUCAGAAAACAAAAGAAAAAAACCUACAAAAAAAUGAAAUAAAAUCGAAGACCAUCCAUCUGACAAAUCAGCCCUAUUGGAUGUAGAGCGUGGUGGACAGGUGGUGUAGAGGGCCCAUUCUGAGAUCUUCUGAAUAUUUUUUUUUCCCCUCCCUCUCACAAUCUCUGCUGAUCUCUCGCUUUCCAUUUUGCUCUAUUUUCCCUCAUCAAAGGUUUUUUGUCUGCUGUCUUUUCAUUCUUUUUGUCCCACCCUGGCACCUUUUAUGUCUCCUUCCACAUAUGCUGUGUCUUCUCACAGGACGUACACCAUUGGCCUGGAUGGAGGCCAACUUGUUCUCAGUGUGUGUGCACUUUCUCUCCCCUUCGUCUAUCUGUCUGACUGGAGUGACCACUGGAGCUGGUGAUGCCCCCAUGCUAUGCCCCUGCAAAGCCACGGUCUUACACGCUACGCUCUCCAUGACUUCCCCACUGUCUUCAGACUUGCAGACUUCACAGUUUGUCGCUUCACAGGCAAGCUCACUGACUCAAUGAAAUGUUCUGGGUGAUUUUUUUUUCUUCUUCUUUCUUAGAUCAUUCAACUUCUAAAGAGUGAUAUGAUGGGAAGUGAAGUGCUUUCCAGCCCCCAGAUCCCACCAUGGCUGUUUCCCAUUUAUCUGUACAUUUGAUUGUCUGAUUUUUGUUUUUCUUUUCUUCCUUUUUCUUUCUCCUUCAUGGGGUUGCGUUGCAUUGCGUUGGGUGUUUGGGGGUCGACUAGUCCCUUCAUUACUCGGUCACCUCUGCAGGCGUUAAGUUCUUCAGUGUUUCUAAACAAAAUGGAGUACUUCUGCCUAACUGCAGCAACGUCCUAAUCCAGGGGGACACAUUCUCAGUACUGGUACAUAAGUAGUCUGCAUAACCGUCUGGGGUCACAGAGACUCACAAACCAGCUAGAUGACAUCAUGUAUCACCUUUUUUUCUUUCAGUUUGGACCUUUUACUUUUGUUUUUCGUUCCAAAUGUAAAUUAUUUUCACAGCAGACUUAAUUAUGACAUUGGAGUCUGGCGCGUGAUCUGGCACACAUUUUAAUUUUCAUUUUUAGGUCUGUAUUUAACCUUUGUUUCUUGUAGAAUAUUUCGCCUGUGUUUUUUUUGUUUUCUUUUGUGCACGAUGUGAAUGGAGCUGGUUAAGGGGUGUUUGAGCUUUGGGGAUUGUGUUGAUUGGUUGGGGUGGGAUAAUACGGGAUGGGGGGGGGAUUAUAAAGAUGCAGGUAUCCAGAGCUGAGGAGUGAAAACUAGGCUGACCGCUGCUGCCGCUUUAUGUAGACUGAAUGAAACAGCAGACUGAGUUGGACGCACACAUACACAUAUUUUCCCCAAGCCUGGUACCGCGUCUUCACAGCACCAUGGCAACCACACCGGGCUCCUUGUGCCGCCACGAGCUGUUCACAGUAGACAUGCCAAUACAGAAAUAAAGAGACAAUAAAUUUC